CCAAGUGGACAGAUCAGAGUUUAAAGGGUCAAAGAGGUGACUUUCUGAUCUAUGUUGAACAAGAAAAUGGAGAAUUCACAGAGGCCCAUGCUUCUAUUUUUAGGGAUAUGUAUGUUCUCAUUGCAGUGGAUACCGACCCAUCUGGAAGUCAAUGUGGCCUUACGAGGAAUAGCAAUACAAUCUUCUUCCGUUUACCCUGCUUACCUUGCUAUUGAUGGCAACAAAGUAUCCUACUCAUUUACACACACAAAUAAUGAGUAUAACCCAUGGUGGAGGGUGGAUUUGUUGGCGGUGUAUGACAUUAGCCAGGUAGUCAUCACUAACAGAGGUGACUGCUGUUCAGAACGGAUAAAUGGUGCUGAGAUUCACAUUGGCAACUCCUUGGUCAACAACGGCAACAACAACCCCAGAUGUGUCGUCAUCUCUAGCAUCCCUGCUGGUGCCUCUGCAAAUUACACCUGCAAGAUGAAGGGUCGUUAUGUGAACAUCAUCAUUCCCAAAGUUAUCCAGGUUCUCACACUCUGUGAAGUGGAAGUCUAUGGGGCUGCAGUGCAUAGUAAGAGGGCAUUUGUGAGACUGAAGUUUAACAGCAAUGAGGAUCUCAUGAACCCUACCGUGAGGGACAAAGUUCUUCAAAAGAUGAUAUCUGCGAAUGUCCAGCAUUCAGUGCUUCAGAUCCAUUGGACAAAGGAACCAGAGGUGGAAACUGAAACUUAAAAAAUGGUGGCAGAAAUAUAUCUUAAACAAGAAGAAGAAGAAGAAGAAGAAGAAGAAGAAGAAGAAGAAAAAACAGAAAAAGACCAUCACAUGUGUGG